CCAGAGGGUCGGCCUCGCAGCGCCCCCGGCACCCACCGCAAACCCUGACGGCACGCUCCCCCUCCGAGAGAUCACCGCCGAGCCCGCUUCGCUCGGCCGCGCGGGGGGAGGAUGCUGACCGCUCCGGCCGAGGAGCCCCCGAGGGCGCGGGCGGCGAGCCCCCGGGGCCGCGCGCCCGGCGGCGGCGGCGGCGUGGAGCUCCGGCUCCCGGGGGCGGCCAGCCACGCGGCGGGCGGGGAGGACUCGCCGCAGCAGCCCCGCAGGCGCGGCCGCUCCCAGAGCGCGCAGCCGGCCGAGAGCGCGCAGCCAGACCUCCAGCGCGAGAGGACGCCGCAGUACCACUUCGCGGACGACGACGAGACCCCCACGCCCCACGGCGAGAAGUCCUUGACUGGCUCGACUGGUCCAGGGCCCGCCCACCUGUAUUCGAGGGGGUCGACCCUCAGGUCGUCCGGGAGCACCAUCGCGGAGACAAGCGCGCGUUGGCAGAGGGAGCACUCCACCGGGUGGCAGCCGUACAGCAAAGGCGUUGCCAGGAAGAUCGAGGCCGCCUUCCUGGCCGGGGAGUCCAAGGUGCGCCUCAGGCUGGUCCGCCCGGCAGGCGACGAGCAGAAGGAGGACCAGCCCUACCCCAUGGUAGAGAUCUUCUUCAACGACAUGGUCCAGCACGACCCAUGGAGCGACCGCAGGCACCGCGUGCGGCGGUGCGGGCCCACGGGCCUGCUGUUCCACGCCCAGUGGGCCCUGGGCAGGCUGAGGCACCUGGCCAGCACGGGGCGCUGGCGGCUCGAGGCGCAGGAAGAGUACGAGGCGCGCCGCGACGCCGUGACGGAGCAGAUCCUCGCCCUCCUGGAGAAGAAGGAGGAGGACGUCAACACCUUCUGGAUGCGGCACCGGUCGUCGAACAACGGCUCGCAUUCCUCCGUGCGGAGCUUCGUUCCCCCGUCCUCGAACAUCGAAAACAGGUGGGCCAGAGUCGCCACGACUCAGUGGUUCUUCUUCAUGUCCAUGUUGAUGGUCGUGGUAAAUGCUGCAUGGAUAUGGGUCGACACCGACAGUCACCGUUGCGACGGCUUCGUCCACGCAGAGAUGGAAGUUCAGAUGGUCGAGGUCUUGUUCUCAUUAUACUUCAGCGCAGAACUGCUCAUCCGAUGGAAGGCAUACAAUCACAGGUCGGAAGCACUGUGUGAUAGAUGGUUCUUGUUCGAUGCAUUUCUGGUGGCUCUAAUGUUUGUGGAGAUUGUUGUGCUGCCAACGAGCGCGGCUGUUAUCAAUUCAGGCACCAGCGACACCGGCACCGACAUAGGGGUAUUCCACACGUUGAGAUUGUUGAGGCUCUCUCGGAUAGCGCGGUUGUUGCGAGCGAUACCAGAGUUGAUGAUGCUCGUUAGGGGCAUCGCGGCUUCGCUGCGGACAGUCUCAUUCACAGUGAUACUGUUGAGCGGAUUGCUCUUCAUUUUCGCCAUAGUAUUCAAGACCCAGGUGAAAGGCGACCCUUUGGAGGACGAUCUGUUCCCAAGCGUUUUCAAAUCAAUGAUGACGCUAUUGAUGCAUGGAACACUGUUGGACAGCCCGAGUGUGCUCUAUUUGGAGAUUGCAGAUAAGUGGCCAGAGCUCUUAUUCGCCUUUCUGGUAUUCAUAUUCAUGAGCAGUUUUACUGUACUUAAUCUGCUUAUUGGUGUUUUGUGCGAUGUCGUCCAUAAGGUGUCUGCCAAGGAUCAUUCCGAUAAUCAGGCGAAAUUCCUGAUUGAUAACUUGCUGAAUAUCCUGAAUGAUUUCGAUACGAGCGGGGAUCGCCACAUCAGCAGGGUAGAGUUCAACGUCCUCAUGCAGUGCCCUGAGACUCACGAUGUCUUGACGAAGUUCGGCACGGACCCAGAAAGCUUGAUACUGUUGGCCGACCAGAUUUACGACUGCGACGCGGACGGACUCUUAAGUUUCAAGGAGUUCUUCGACGUGGUGAUGAGGCUGCGCGGCGGCAACAGCGCGCGGGUCAAAGACAUGGUGGAGCUCCGGAUCUUUGUCGCGCAGCAGAUGGAGUCGCUGGGCCGGCAGAUCGCCAAGGUGAGCCAGCGCGAGGGCGCGGACGGGACCCGGGCGGCGUCAAAGUCCUGGGCCUUGUGCGGCAGCCGUGGCCUCGCCGAGCGGCUCGCCCCCGCCUCGGAGCCGCACAGCAACACCGAAGCCCGCGCCGCGUCCCGCAGGCCGAGCGACGUGCAGGUGACGGCCACCGCGGGCGUCGACGCGGACAAGAAGCUGGACGAGAUCUUGGCCGGCCUGCACGCGCUGCAGGACGAGCAGCGGGCCCUCCGGGCGGAGGUCGCCGGCCUCUGGGGCGCGGUCGCGGGCAUGCCUCCGCCCCGCGGCUGGGCGCUCGCCCCGGACCACCCGCCGGCCAGCGGCGGCGGCCCCCCGCCAGCGGUGUGGGGUGGCUCGCGCGGCGGGUGACCGACAGGCCCCCUCGCCACCCUCGAGGCCCUCGGGCUGGCGGCGCCAACGACGCCACCCCGCCCUCGUCGGGAUGGAUGUCGCCGGGGGUGCCGCCGCAGGCGUGAGCGAGGAGGAGGGCGAAGCGAAGCGGAGCGAGCUCCGGAGUCGUGCGCGCUCCGAUUGGUGGGAGCCCGCCCGUGCCUGUGAGGGCAUGGUUUGGAGGGCGUGGCUUCAGCUUUCUUGCAGCACGUGAGGUCACGCCACGUGGCACUUCUCGGCUGCAUCGCUUCGGCUGCCGGGCCAUUCGCGGCGGCAUGCCGGCAUGCCGAGAGUGGUCGCCGCGCCCGGCCGUCAUUGUUGGGCGGCCCGAUGGUCACGGACCGGCACGGACAGCGGAUACUCCUUGUAGUCCCAGAGGGUGGA